UUCAAAAAAUUGAAACUUGAAAUUCAAAAAGAAAAAAGGAAAUAAAAUACAGUUCUGCCAUAUGUCAAGAUACAGAACUGUUCCUGAUCUUGAGUGUUUGAAUAUCUUAACUGGAGAUUGAGAUAGGAGAAUGUUUCAGCCACGUGGCAGUAUCCCACAGAAACCACUUGUAAUUUAAAAUGCCGGCGAGCAGGAUCCUGGAACAAGAAACCGUUUGUUGUCUCCUAUAUCUCCAAAAAUCUCUCAGAAAAUCAGACAGAAGUGAACUCAUUUACAUCGUUACCCUUUGUCGUCCUCUGCUCCAGAAAUCAAAAAGCCAAACCAAAGAACAAUUCAAGAGGACACUCCAGUAAAUUUGUAAAACCUGCAAUCUGCCGGCUGUGUGCAUAUCUAAUCUGCCACUGUUUUCAAAAGUUUGUUUUUUUCUCUCUCUCUCUAAAGAAGCCAUGAAGACUGACACUGAAGCUUCACUCUCAAAUCAGUAUCUGAAGCUAAAAAAAUUGAAGUCCCGUGGAGUAAGCUCUAGAUAUUUGUCUCCAGUCUCAACUUCACAGGAUCAUCGACUUUCAACUCCAUCUCCAACUUCAAGCCAAGCUUCUUCACUUGUUCGUCAUAAAUCCACCGAUGACAAAAAGCACCGGAGCGUCGACGACUCUGGUUUUACUCGAGGGCUUUGGCCUUCAUCGUCUGCUUCCUCAUCUCCCUCACAUUAUUCAUCGUUAAACAACAAAAAUAACCUCGGAACUCUUGCUGAUCAUCUCGGAAAUGAAAGGCUCAGAGACUUGCUGGACAAGAAAAAGGAUGAGAAGCCUUCUAAAAACAGCAGCAGUGUCUUCUCAAUUACUAGACAAAGAAGUUGUUCGGAGUUCAGUAGGUUUGAGAAUCAGAAUCAGAAUGAAAAAGAGAAGGAAAUUACGAAAGAGAACCAUAGACAACUCGGAGGUUCUUUGAGAUAUACGAAGAAGCUUUUCCUUCCAGGAAGAGCUUCUUCUUCAUCGUCGUCUUCAUCCUCUGCAAAUAAUUUGUUUGAUAGUUCAAAUUUUGCAUCAGGAAGAUUAUCAGUUGAUGAAAAUGCACUAUUUCGAAACUCGAAAACUACUGCUGCAUCUCGGCGAAAAUCAGAUUCUGUUUCUGUUUCUGUUUCAGAUAAUCUCGACUCAGAAUCCGAAUGUACAGAUUGCAAUUCUCCUGCUAUGGGGAGAACCUCAAGAAAAUCUGGCAUUGAGGUUUCUUCAAAAUAUUUGCAAGAUGUUUCGACAAAGCUUAGGAGAGGCUCAUCAGAUUCUAACAUAAAACCUCCACUAUCGCUAGAUGGUUCUCCAAAAAUGAGGAAAUUUAAUAUCAAGAAUGCAAUUAAGAGGGCUAAUUCUCUUACUGGUUAUGGAAGUGCCACAUCACAAUGGGCAUUGUCGCCGGGGCGUUCAGGAUCACCGCCGAUGUCAGUGGAAAGUAAAGAAAGACUAAUGUCAUUUUCAAGUAUGAAGCCACCGUCGAGUCCUUCGAGGAGUAGCACUAAAGGAAUGGAGAAAUUGCUGAAUUUGGGGCUGGACUUGUUUAAAAGUAAGAAAGUGGCUUGGCCAAGUUCAUCAGAUUUGGGGUCUGGGAAUUCAGAGAGCAUUCAUCAGCUCAGAAUGCUCCAUAACGGGCAGAUGCAAUGGCGUUAUGCAAACGAUAGAGUUAAUGCUGUGAAUGGAAACAUUGCUAAGCAAGUAGAGAACGAUUUGUUUUGUGCAUGUGAGAGUCUAGAAAAUUUGCGAAAAUCUGUGAUGCUAAAGAAAUUACAGCUUCAGAAGGAAAAGUGUGACAUGAAGCUGGACUUGAUACUGCAUUCUCAAAUUAAACAACUCGAAGCUUGGGGAGAUAUGGAAAGACAGCACAUGUCUGCAGUUUCGAAGACCAAAGAGUGUUUACAUUCUGUUGUUUGUAAAGUUCCCCUCAUUGAAGGUGCAAAGGUUGACCCACAAUCGACUUUCAUCGCACUUCGACAUGCAUCGGAUCUCACAACCUCCGUCAAGUCGGUGUUAACUACAUUUUUACCGCUGACUGAAAAGAAUGCAGAAUUACUUUCAGAAUUAGCACAAGUAGUUUCACAAGAGAAGUUGCUGUUAGAGGAGUGUGUGGAACUUCUUCAAUCAGUUUCUACAUUAGAGAUUCAAGAGAGGAGUUUGAAGUGUUAUAUGAUCCAGUUAAGUCAGUGGCAGCAACAAAUCAUUGUCUGACAAGUGCUCAUAUAUACUCAGCGAGCUAUGAGUUGAUCAUUGAUAAAUGAAUAGGAUAGUAAUUAACAGAGAUCAUGGCUUAUUUCUUUUUAAUUGACAUAAGUUGUGCCAUUUUAUCUCGAUAAAAAUGAAUUUUAAUGUAUUGUUACUUUAUCUCACUGUUUGUAAUAAAAUAUGAUGAAUUUCCUUGUGUUGAGAGAACAAAGUUAUAGUAUACAUGUUACUUGUA